CACUGUCAAACGAGUUGAAAAACGGAGUUGAUCUGUCUCUGUCGUUGUAGCAGAGUGUGUGCGAAUGGCUACAUGUCAAAAACGAUAAUCAUUCAUAGAGUGUGUGUGUUAUAAUACAAGGAGAAACAAUUUUAAUAUUCCCAUAAGUCUGUGAAAUCAGAUUUUUUUUAUUUAAAAACCAAGAUGUUGGCCUUAAUCAAUCGCAUCUUGGACUGGUUUAAGUCUCUCUUCUGGAAGGAAGAAAUGGAACUUACACUCGUCGGCCUCCAAUACAGCGGAAAAACCACUUUCGUUAAUGUUAUAGCGUCGGGUCAAUUUAGUGAAGAUAUGAUACCAACUGUGGGUUUCAAUAUGCGCAAGAUAACAAAAGGCAAUGUUACAAUAAAAGUAUGGGACAUUGGUGGACAACCAAGAUUUAGAUCAAUGUGGGAACGAUAUUGUAGAGGAGUUAAUGCCAUUGUUUAUAUGGUGGAUGCUGCAGACUCUGAGAAAAUUGAAGCUAGCAGAAAUGAAUUGCACAAUCUUUUAGAUAAACCACAAUUAUCAGGAAUCCCUGUGCUUGUUCUUGGCAACAAAAGAGAUUUACCUCAUGCCUUGGAUGAAAAUGGACUCAUAGAAAGAAUGAAUCUGUCCGCAAUUCAAGAUCGUGAAAUUUGUUGCUACAGUAUUUCGUGCAAAGAAAAGGACAAUAUUGAUAUAACGUUGCAAUGGCUUAUAGCACACUCAAAGGGUGGAGUUCGCUAAUACUAAGUGUCAAUCUAAUCGUUAUUAUAAACGAAAGAAAAUUCGCAACAAAAGAAACCGAAUUAGAAUCAAUGAUAUCAAUGAACAGUCAUUGGAUUUCUGUUUCAAGAUCAAGUCAUUAAAGUAGCGAAUCACAUAAUUUUUAAGCUUUAUCCGUUCUGAUUAUGAGCGUGAGAGUGGAAAAAAAAUAAUAAUAAUUACAAGAAUGAAAUAAUACCAAUGCAAGACAAGUGUGUAUAUCACCGAAUAUAUAUGAGAGGUAGAUUUUAAGAACUUUUUUUACAUUUCUUUUUUGUUUUUUCUUUUUUUAAACUUUACAAUUUAUAGAAAUCGAUAAUUUCAGUUUUUUUGUCACUAUAGAGAAAUAUAUAUAUAUUUAAAAUACGCAGUGUAAAUGCGAAUUUCAUUCUUAAUGAGAGAAUGUCGCGAUUUUUUGAAAUUCAUGAAUAGAAAAACAAAAAAAAUAUAUAUAUAUAUAUUAAUGGCAACAAUUCGCUCUGCAUAAACACGAGAAUAAUUAGCUAAACUAUGUAAUAAUGUAUUUGGAAUAAGCAACUGUAGUUUAUAAUGAAUUAUCACAAUUCACAAAAAAAAAAAAAACAAUUAGUGCGAUGUUACGUUAUGUAUGUAUAUAUUUAUAACUGUAUCAUAUAUGCAAAAUAUUUUGUAUAUAUACAGGGUUUUUUUUCCGAUGGCGAAUCCUUGCCUCUGUUACCGUAAAAUACCGAUAUACUAAGGAAGAAUUUAUACAAAAAAAAAUAUAAUUUACCGAACAUUUGGAAAUGAUAAAACCAAUAAACAAUUAACGAUAAUUUAAUAAUAUUCAAAAAUAAUGAUGACCUCGUUAAAAUUUUUCCUUAGUAUUUUUGAGUAUAUAUUUUUUCCAGUGAUUAGCUACUGUGUCUAUAGAGGAAAGUGUUCAAAAGAUUGCCUUCCUAGACUCUUACGCAUUUUACCAAAAAGAAAACAAAAGAAAGAAAAAAGCAACUAAAAUGACACUAAAAAAGCCUUUUUGUCGACUGUUAAAUCAGUGAAAAUGUAUUUUCAAAAUGA